GCUUUGUGCCAAGAUGUAAUGACGCAUCCACACCUGAGGGAGGCAGUAAUGCGCUAGAAUUCACUCGUCUUCCGGAAGCGGAAAACGGAAAGUUAGCAGGACGACGUGAUCGCUAAAUCAGUGGUAUUGUAUUUUAUGGCGCCCAUUCUGCACUCUGUGCGUAGUUAUUUGACCUCCACAAAUUAAAUAAAAAAAAUCGUAUACACAUGUAUGUCGUGUACCAGAAUAAAAUUCUUCGUAUCGUAGCUUUUCAAGCUAGCUUAUCUUGCUAGCUGUUAACAAAGAGACACUGAAGUUAACGCAUCGCUCAACAGAGAUCUUUGUGAGUGUAACUGUUUGGAUUGUGUGGAAAAACGUGUGAAAGAACGAUGGCAGAUUACGAGGAGAAACUUCUCGACGCAGGUUUCAAGCCUCAAGAUGAUUUAAACGCAGCAGACGUCAGUGACGAACAUCUUACCACUGAGCAGCCGAAGUGGAGCACCAGGAAAAAGCAGGAGAAGCCCCGGCCCCCCCACAUUAAAGAAGAAGAGGAGCAGCCACAGCCAGCCUACAUUAAAGAAGAAGAUGAGGAUCAUAGCAUCAGUCAAGAUGGACUGGAAGAGUUCCCAGUGAUUCGUGUCAUUGUGAAGAGUGAAGAUGAUGAAGACAAAGGUGAAAGUGAGGAGAAGAGAGAGGUGGAGCCUCCAAGCAGCAGCUCAACUCAACACAUGACAACAGAAGCUGAUGGAGACCACUGUGGAGGAUCACAAGCAGACAACCUCUUAGCUCCACUAUCAGAUAGUGACGAUACAAGGUCACACUCUCCUGACACUGAUGAUGAAGACUCUAAAGCUGAUAUGACAUGUCACACUGACAACACACACUUUAAAUGCUUUCAGUGUGACAAAACUUUUUAUGACAGCAGUAAUCUGAAAAGACACGUGAGAAACCACACGGGCAUCAAAGACUUUAAGUGCUCUAAAUGUGGGAAUAUGUUUGGUGACAGUUCAACUCUGAAAAGACACAUGAGGGUUCACACAGGAGAGAAACCAUUCAGCUGCUCAUUUUGCUGUAAAACAUUCUCUCUUAAGUCAAAUUUCAUAACGCACACGAGGACGCACACUGGAGAAAAACCGUAUUCCUGCUCUGUCUGCGAUGCAAGUUUUAGUGUGAGCUCGGUAUUGGUUCAACAUAUGAGAACGCACACCGGAGAGAAACCCUUUUCUUGUUCAGUUUGUGGUAAAGGGUUUUCUCAAAAGGGAGGCUUGUUAACCCAUACAAGGACACACACUGGGGAGAAACCCUUUGCCUGCUCAGUUUGUGGCAAACGAUUCUCUCAAAAGGGGCACUUCAUGAGACACACUAAAACACAUGCUGGAGAAAGGCACUUCACUUGUUCAGUGUGCAACACAAGUUUAAGUAGUCAUUCAGGUUUAAUUAAACACAUGAAAACGCACACUUUGGACAACCAUUUUAGCUGCCCGGUUUGUUGUCAAACAUUCUCACUGAAGGUUAGUUUGAUGAGACACAUGAGAACGCACACAGGUGAGAAACCUUUUGCCUGUUCAGUCUGCGGUAAAAGAUUCUCUCAAAAGCCAAAUUUGACCGCACACACAAGGAUACACACUGGAGAGAAACCUUUUACCUGCUCAGUGUGCAACACAGGUUUUCGGGAUCGUUCCAUAUUGGUUCAACACAUGAGGACGCACACAGGGGAGAAACCUUUUACCUGCUCAGUGUGCGGUCAAAGGUUCUCUCAAAGGGCGAAUUUGAUAAGACAUGCAAGAAGACACACUGGAAACAAAGCAUUUUCCUGCUCAGUCUGCAGCACAAGUUUUAGCGGUAGUUCUGGAUUGAGUGAACACAUGAGCGGACACACUGCUGAGAGUGUUUAGCCCACCGUUUUUUUAUUUUAUUUUCCAUAUUUACUUUUCAUUUAUACACAAAACAGGGUGAACGCUGUGAUUUCUACAAACAAAAGAGAAUGCACAGUGUUUUCCACAGGACUGCAAUCUAUUGAUGUAAUCGUCCCAGGUGAGAAAAAAAGUAAAAGCAUGAUAAGCAAAACAAAUAUGUUUAGAACUGCCAAUUAUCUUUCUCCUGUUGCUUCUUUUUGUUAUUUUUAUUCAAUGUCACAAACAGGACCGAGCUUCCUGUGAGUGCUUUUAAUAUGGGGGAGGAGUCCACAGCCUCUUCACUAGAUUUCUCGCUAGCCGCUUAAAAAAUGGGUAUCUGGAGGGGUGAAAUGUGGUGAAACGA